AAGGAAGUUGAAGGGAAACCAGGCCUGUUCCGGACAAACCCAGAUUGAUGAGUACCAAUGCAGAAAUAGUCAAUGAAAACAAAGCUAUGACGAUCAGUACAAGCACAGGGCCAAUAGAAACUUCUAUCAAGCAUUUUCCUUUUAAAGCUCCAAGCUUUAUUCAUUCUGGAACUGGAGGAGCAGCAGCUGGCAAGAAAAAUAGAACAUGGAAGAAUCUGAAGCAAAUCCUUUCUUCAGAAAGAACACUGCCGUGGCAAUUAAACGAUCCAAGCUACUUCAGUAUUGAUGCUCUUCCUUCAUUUAAACCAGUCAAAAAAUAUUCUGAUAUUUCAGGACUUCCGGCAGACUACACUGAUCCUCAGAGCAAACUGAGAUUUAGUACAACAGAGGAGUUUGCCUACGUCCGAAUGCUUCCUUCAGAUGUUGUUUUGGGCUACCUUACACUAAGGAAAGCAACACAUGUUGUUCCCUGAAAAAUAAAAACAAAGGCAUCGUCGUCUCCUUUAAAAAUGUAGGGUGUAUCCUACUGAGUGCACAGAAUGUAUGUUGUCAAAUGAUAAAUGUUAUCCAU